AUGGCGGCUGACUGGCAACCCGAGUGCCUCGUGCCUCAGAACCAACCGUCCCUCGACACAGUCGGUGCUCAUUCUGAUCGGGCUUUGCAGAAUACCUCUGGCAAUGUCCAGUCAUACUCUGAUGCCUUGACACACGAUCCCGGCCGUGAAGAACACCUCCAGCAGUUGGCUUACAAGUAUCCCCAUCCUGUCCCUCACCAUGUCCCGACUGCGAGCAUGCACCAGCAAGCCGUGGCUGCGCGGCUUCAUGCACGCAAGCUGAGACGGCUUCACUCCGUGGGGCCCAAUGUAGCUCCCAGACGGGGUCGAAGCUAUCUCAAGUCCCAAAAGUAUUUGGAAUAUCGGGCACGUCCUCGACGUGACACCGGUAAGGAUGGUGAACCUGUUUGGUCUGAUGAAUUGGAAGAUGCUUUCCAGCAGGCUCUCGAAGCCAAUCCUCCUAUGGGCCGACGAAAGUGGUCUGAGAGAGGAAAAUCGUAUGGACGGAACGAGCUGAUUGCCGAGUACAUCUUCAAGUUGACCGGCAAGCGAAGGACCCGGAAGCAGGUCUCGAGUCAUCUCCAGGUCCUUGACUCGUUUCUGAAGGGAGACCCCGACUGGGAGCGACUGGUCCGAGAACAGUCACCGGAGCGGUCAAGUAGCCACUCUUCAUCAUCGGGCCCGAAGUGGAGGACGUCGAUGGACCACCCCACUGCCUCUAGUCACUAUGGAGCCCACGCUCAUCCCUCCUACCACGAUCCCAUGAGGUCGUCGAUGCAAUCCUAUGGAGGAGACAUCCCUCCGCCUCACUAUACCCUGGGCUCCAACUUGCAAGAUGCCGGAACGAAGAACAUUCAUGGCUUCAGUUUUGACAUGUGGGUGAGCGCGCCUCAGCAGGCCAAUCGCAUUGACAAGGCUCUUCAUGCAUAUACGCGGCUGCAGGGUGAUCUGCAUCACCCCAUUGCGCCCCCAAUGCCUCUGGAGAACGUCAGCGGGUGGCGCACCUCAUUUCCUCACGUGUCCUCACUUCUUGACGACCUGAAUGGCCCUCUCGAUUGCGAUAUCAUCAUGCUUGAAGUCAACUUACAAUUGAUGACCGACUUUCCUCCGUCGGGCUCGCGACUCGGCAUCCAACUCGACCUUGAUUUUGGCCACCCCACUGCGGGAGAUGUACUUAUGGUGAACCAGAUGGAGAACUGGACCUGCAGCACUCGUCUCUACGAAGAUGGACGGGAACUGUGGGAGACCUACCAUGACCUACCCAAGCCCCAAUCAACCAAAGUCAAGCCGCUCUUUGAAUCUUCCUGGUGGGCACGGCUCUUCACUGAGCUGACCCAGGACAAGCGCAUCGCUGAAGACUCGGGACAACCCGAAUCCGUCCAUGCCACUGACGAGCGCACUCGCCGCUUCUUCCGCUCCUUGUCUGCAGUACAGGAGAUCAGAGCUGUGCCUCCCAGCUCUCGGCGCCUGUCGAACCAAUUCCAGGGCCACCACGGCGAGGAGAGCGAGCGCAUGGCCAUAUUGGUCUGGAAAUUCCGCCAGACCCGCCCUGGUGAGGUUGGCACGACCACCUGGCGCCGUCUGGUCCCGCCUCCGGACCGCACCAUAACCAACAGCCCGCGGCAAAGCUCUGGAGUUGACCUUCCUCCUCUCUCCCUGGACUCUAUCCUCCUCAAUAAGCCCUCUCAAAACGUCUACCAGGCGCCACAACCCCAAGACCUAAUUCACCAGGGCCAGGCUCAAUCCCAAUGGCCCAUGUACCAAUCCUCCCACGACAACGUGGCUAAUAUGUUUAAUUCGUCGGGUAACCUCGACUUCAUGACCUCCAUCACCAAACCCGAGGACGGCCUCGGUGACAAAACAGCCGUAACCUCCGUACUGGAUUCAUUCUCCUCCAGCCUGCCCAACGAGACAUCCCAAGCCACCAGCCUCAACGUCUCGAGCAGCGGGCCGAUGAUGAUGAACAUGCACGACCUGCCUCUCUCUCACCCGAGCAUGGGAUAUCAGAUGAGCCACGAUACAAGCCAGUACGUGCCAUCGCAUCAGCACGGCGUCAAUAUCCACGACAGCAACAGUGUCCUGAACGGCUUUUUCCCGGGCACGCAAUCCCUGGACGAGCUGAGCCACGGCCAGGCAUCAUGGGGCGCCCAUUCAACAUCCAUUUCCGGUGACGUCGGUGCCGGUGGCUACCACCAUAUGCCCUUCCCGACCGAGCAUCAAGUGCCCGCCUCGCGCGAGUCGCAGCAGCCGCACCACUUCGAUGGCCUCAUGCCGCCGGAGGAUCUGAUGGACAAGAUCGUCGGACGCAUGUCCAGCGGAUCCAACAUGCAUGGGGCGGGCCCCGAGCAUGCGAAUGCAGGCUACGCGGAUAAUGGACCGGUGGACACUGUUUAA